CCCCGGUGCCGCCGGCGGAGGCAGCGCGGAUCGGCCCAGCAUGGAGGGGACGCGGCGCGCCCUGCUCCGCCUCGCCGCCGCCUGCUGCCUGCUCUGCGCCCUGCCAGGAGAGGGACAGAAGACAACAGAGACUGCGGUGCUGUCACCUCUUCUUAACACCGUGCCAACCUCUCAUCAGCUCAGGGAAGCCUCUGACCUCAGCCCAGACACUACUGCUGUUCCAGAGACAAGUUUGGAGAUAAACGUGACUGCUGCAGCACUCAAUGCCACUGGAGUUCACUCUACAGAGGUGGAGGAUGUCUUCAUCUCUGCCACCCCUGUGGUUGGCACCAAGACAGAGAGACUGCAGGCUUCCACGGCUGCCAGCCCCACAGGCAUCACAGUCAUACAACGUGAGCACCACAACAUGAGCUUGUCAGCUAACAGCACUGAAAUCCCCUCCCCUGCCUCAACAGUGAGUACUCUGGAAAAAAACCCGUCUGACCACGAAGUCACAGAGCCCUUCAGUGCAACUGAAGAAAUGGAUGAUGCCAGCAGUGCCACCCCAACACCUCCUCCGAACAGCGUGCCCGCAACAAUCAACAGAUCUCAGCUAGAGCCGACUGAUGGGCAGACCACCAUGCCCACAGCAGCAAGAGCUGAAACCAGGCCAGGAACGAGCCCUGCAGUGGCCACAGAGGUGGAGCCCUCUGCUCCCAUUUCCACUGUAGGGAGCACAUCCCCUGCCAGCACCUCCAGUACUGUUAUGAUGAGACUUCCUGUGAGCAGCUCUCCUGCUGCCAGCACAGCCGCCAUCCCAACCAGCACAUCUCCAGUGGGGCAGCAAUUGGAGCCCAUGCAUGAGAAAGCUUCUGUGUUGGAUGUUGGUGAUGAUGAAAAUCCAGAGCUCCCGAGUUCUCCUGCAGUGAGGGCUGACCCCUUGGUAAUCGCAGUGAUCUCUGUCUUCGUUGUCAUGGUGGGCAUCCUGGGCUUGGUGGGCUUCCUGAGAUACCGCCAGCACAACAGCCGCAUGGAGUUCCGACGCCUGCAGGACCUGCCCAUGGAUGACAUGAUGGAGGACACCCCCCUCUCACUCUACAGCUACUAGGCAGCCAGGCUGCCUCUGCUUGGUGGGCUGAACUUCCCAGAGGAGAAAGCCUUGAGGCCUUGGUCCCAGACAAUCUGCUGACAAAUGAGGGGGCUCUGACUUGCACACAACUGAAAGAUUGUUUUCAGACGGCUUUUGGUUUUUAGAUAUUUUAAAUAGUUCAGUUUUGAAAUUUUUAUGCUGGAAAUCAGAGCCCAGGUCUGGCUUAUUCCUCCGGGCUCUUCUAGAAAAGAUAUCCCAAAGAGGUGCCUCCUCCUUUUAGCAUGGUGACCAGUUAGCAAAGACAACCCUUACCGUCGUUCUGCAUGGAGCUCUUCUGUCCAUCUUGACAGCUGCUGCUUUCAGAGGGGAUGGACGAGUGAGCCAUGCAAAAGCUGUUACACUGGUGGAGUCAGCACAGGAGACUGCUGUUUGCUGAGGGAGCCAAGGAUGUGGAGAUUUGUUCUCUUAUGCUCCCUCUUGUUCUCUUGGUUGGUUUUUUUUAAGUUCUGUUUUUUUUUCCCUUGCACUUUUUUGUUGUUAUUGUUUCUGUUUCAGCUUUAGUCCUGGGCUUGGCACUGCCUAUCCUGAAACACCUCCCGGGAUGAUGACAGACUGCCCUGCUUCCUUCCUACACGUACACCUUUCCUCAUUAAGGGAAAACAGUUAUGUGACUACUCAAGAAGUACUGCUUAGAAAUUGCUGGAAGGACACUGGCAUGAUUUUAGCUCAACAGGGCUUGUCAGAACUCACUCAAUUGCCAACCAGACACACUAACUUAGUCUCACCACAAUUAGAAAACUGGGUCUGCCAUACUUGCUGCUUUCAGUGUAAGCUAUUGCCCAGGCUUUAAAAAUGCUUUAGUCCACAUUUCUGUUGGGAUUUACACAUCUUUCUUCAGAUACCUCCCAUUUUGCUGCUGGGAUCUGGUUUCUGAAAGCUGUUAUAUAAAACUAAUACUGCACUGUCCCUCCUCCCAGCACAAGGUCAAAGCUCCUUUGUAACGUUUGCCUUUGAGCCAGUUAGUGUCCUGUUCUGAGGACAGAACCUGGUUGUAGUGCCUUCCUCCCUUCCCUUUCUAGGUGUUAGACUGAUUAGAUUCUGCACUUUUGCCUCAAAAUAUCACUGGUGUAAACUGCAAGGCUUUAAGGUCCUGCAAGGAAACCCACAGACCAGAUCCUCUGAGUGCAAGUCUGAGGGUUUUCAGGUGCCCUUCCUUCAGACAGACCGGUCAGUGCGUGGCAUGGAAGUCCUCAUGUCAUGAAUACUGACUCCUGUUUUCUAAUUCACAUUUGAUUGCGGGUAAAGAGAGGCAUGUGCCUUCUCAAGAGCACUGGGUUUCUGACUCAGUUGCUCCCGCAGGACACAGCAAAGGCUAGAAAUUACAUACAGUUAUCUCCCACACUGCUCCUAGAAGCCUCUGUUUCUCCUUCUUCAGUAGCAGUGCUCACAGAGCCCACAGACAAUGCAUAAUAAGACUCACUACCAAAAGUAUCUCUCUUUUUUCCAGUGCUGUUACUAUUCUUUUUAGCGGGGAAAGGGGAAAUUCCCCUUGAAAUGAUUUACAAAGCCCAAAGAUGGAGCAGAAGUGGUCAAAUGGAUGAACCAAGUAAGGCAGCAGUUCCUCCUUGCAAAGGGCUGACAAGUGGCUGCCAUGCAGUUCGGGUUCAGCUGUUGGCUUUGGCCUUGCGUCUGUUUAUUGUAAGGGUGCCCAGUACAAGAGGGAAGGACGGUUGGUUCUCUCCUCCUAUUGCAUGAAAACUGAAGGGCAAUUGUCACAACUCCAAAGCUUUUGUAUCAAGCAUUGUCUGCACAGAGCAAUCUCCUUAGCUACAGGCUUGUUCCCCCGCCGCAGGGCAGGGUGCUGCUGGUUUUUUGGCACAAAGGGAGGCAAGUUCAUGGUGGAAAAAAAAAACUCCAUCCUGGCUGGAACUGGUGUAGGCUGGCAGAGCUUGAAAACCAUCUCUGGACCAAACAAAAAGGGCAGGGGCUGGCUGUUCUGGGUUCCCAUUUGCUGUCCAGGGAAAAGGGGUGAGGGAGGAAACUCGCCCGACACCAAAGUGCAACUCUCUUUGUAAGAUAUGUUAAUA